UGGCGACGGGGAAGCCUGAAAAGGUUACACAGGGGGAGUUUAGCUAAUGUUUGUUCCCAACUAAAUGACCAUGGGAGGGAUUAAAUAGCAUUAAUACAAGUAUGGGAUUUAUAAGAAAUGCCACGAUGGAUGCAAAGAAAGCAUACUGCCCCGGAGGAUCAUCUGGGAACCUGACAAAGCAAUAUCUCAUUCAAGACCACAUGUUUGCACAUUACAGAAAAGUGUUUACUGCAAAGGCUGCCGUGGAUACAUCUGCACCAAAGGCUCUGCAAAGCAGCAUCAAAUACUCUGAUCAAAGGCGUCGAGAGCGGCUGAAGAGAGAAUCAUCACGGCGCUCCUCAUCUUCCAGGUCCCUGCGAAGUGGAUUCGAUGACACCAGAGACUCCUGCUCUUCAAAAGCUAGCAGAACAUCUCUUCAGGACGACGAAGAUGGCUGCCAUUACACGGGAGGCUCCACGACAUCUUCCCCCAGACCCAACACCUCCUUCCACGUCAGACAGGUCGUCUACCCGUCCCACAGAGCGGCCACGGCCGGCGGUGGUGGCGGCGGCAGCUCCCGAAACCUCCUGCGUUCUGCCUCGGAGAUCAGCUUCCGGCCCGCUACCACCCUCAACUUACACCGGCAGCAGUCCCUCCGCUGCGCCUUUGGCCCCGGCCUCGGCCCCGGCCCAGGCCCGGGUACAUCUGGUGGGCAGGGUUCUUUUAAAGCCUUCCAGGAUCCGGUCCAGAAGACCUACAGCGGGGAUCUGAUGGUGAAGCAUUCCCAGUGCUUCACGCCCGAGAAGCCCUUCACCCCGCGCACGCUGAAGAAGGACACCAAGUCGCAGCUGGCCCAGUAUCGCUUCUACACGCCGCCCAGGAGGAAACCGCCGGAGGAGAAGAUCAGCCCACUGCUGGUGCUGCAGGACUCCAAUCCUACAGUCUCUACAACCAAGCGAACCCUCUCUACAGAAUGGGACCUUCCCGAGACAUUUGAUCUCGAGUCUGAAUUGCUUGAUGACUGCAGGAAACAGAACAAAGUGGACAAGACCACCAGCAGUGCUUUCCUGUCCUCCGCCAGAAUGUCUCCAGAUGGAACCAAGUCGCCCAUCAUGAAGAAGGUGAACACAGAGGAAGAAGAAUUGCUGUACCUGGAGUUCAUUGCAGAUGUGACCAAUGAGAUCUUGACGUUGGGGCUGUACAGUGACAGAGUAAUGAAAAGAGUCUUCCAGCGUCACAUCGACAAUAACAAGCAUCGCCUGGAUGAGGGCAAAAUGCGCCACCUGCUGGAAAUUUUGCAUCACGACAUACAGAGCCCCUCGAACACCUCUACACUUUGUGUGCAUUCUACAAAAAAGGAAGAAGAGGACCUAUUUAGUUUUUCUGAAUUUCAUUUAGAUGUUUCAUCAAAGACCAAGUUCGGUGACAGGCCCUCCACCUCCUCCUCUGCUAUGUUUGACAGAGACUUUGACCAACGUUGGCAGGCAAACCCCAUGUCAGUCUCCACUCCUUUACUGCGGAGCCCAACUAACGUAUCCUACAGGCAUGGACUAGAUGCAGAGGAUGGCCCCACAAGGCACAGCUACAGUUCACGUGGUCUUAAACGUGAGAAAACCGAGAAAGGACCUUCACAUUUCGAUCGCACCACAUAUACCUCACAGUUUAGGGAUCAGCAGUCAAAAAUGGGCCGUUUAAAAGUAGUCCCCUCCCGCUACAGUUCACAUGACAUAGACACAGAGGAAGAAUCUUUAAGGUUUGAUCUCAGCAACUAUGGUUCACGUGUUCUGGAUGGAUGCGCAGGCGACGGGACUCUAGAAAGCAGCCCACCAAACUACAGCUCUAGAGACAGGGAGCUAGAGGAUCUACUGCGGUUUAGUCCAACCAGUCUGACUUCAGGAGGCCCAGAUGCAGGGGUGGAGCAUGCUCCUCUUAGACGUAGCUCAACAAGUUACAGUUCACACGGUCAAGAUGGGAGGACGGAAGAUGGGUCACUUAGGCGUCCCUCCACCGGUUACAGUGCCCAUGGCCCCGAUGCAGAAACGAGGGAUGACCCACAGAGAGGUAGCCCCAUUAGCUAUAGCCCCCCACAUGGUUCAAAUGACGAGGCAGAGGAUGGCCAAAGCAAGAAGAGUCAAGAAGACUAUUUGUCAUCUGGGACUGAGCACGGUCGUCUGACUCCGGAGGAACAUGAAACAAAUCGCAAUGAACUAUCUGCAGAGCUUGAGGAGCUGGGGGCAAACAUGGAGUCUUUGCACGUGUCCCAGACACCCUCAGAACCAGAGGGAAUUAAGGAUGAACAGGCUUACAGUGUAUUUAGUGAUGACGAGUUUUGACGAAAGUAUUAUCAUGUAGGCUAUGAGAUAAACUCAAUGCAGUACUGCACUAAGCGCACCA